AUGACAGGACUGUGUAUUAAAGCGUCAGCUCUGUGUCUGCUGCUGCAGCAGCUGGUGCUCACCAUCACCGCUCAGGGUAUCGUCUACGACCUGCUGGUGUCUCCAGACUGCCUGCCGGAUUUGCUCCAAGGAAGUCUGAAGAACAAAGGUCGGAAUGAAGCCUUCCUCCUCUUGUCCUUCAGGCUCCAAAAUAAGGCCCCCACCUCGCUCUUUAGUGUGAUCAACCCCAAGGAGAACAACAAGUACCUGGAGCUUAGUGUGCAAGCCAAACUCAGCAAAGUGACUCUUCGUUACCAGAAGGCUGACGGCAGGUUCACUACCUCCAGUUUCAACCAUGCGGCUCUGGCAGACGGACGGGAGCAUCACAUCAUGCUGCACGCCAGCGGUCUUCAGCGUGGCUCCCCUCGUCUCAACGUCUACGUCGACUGUAGACUGGCUCACACUUUGAACGAUCUGCCGGCUGCGUUUGGGUCACUCCCGCCUGGACCCAACAAGGUGGCCCUGAGGACCCUGCAGUCGAGUAGACAGGAUGAACUGACAGACCUGAAGCUGGUCAUCGAGGACACCAUAGACAACGUGGCCACUCUGCAGGACUGCAGUGUUGAACCUGCUGAGUCUCUGCACCUGCUGGAUAUCCAGGGAGGCAGGGUGGUGCAGGAUCAGAGCACCAUGCAGGAGCUGAAGAGCAUGAUGGCUGAGAUGAAGGAGCUGCUCAACCAGCAGAUUAAGGAAACAAAUUUUCUAAGGAACACCAUAGCAGAGUGUCUGGCCUGUGAUGCACCCACCGGACUUGGAGGUAAACCCACCAACCCAAAUCCAGCUCCAAGUCCUGAUCAGAUUAUCUUUCAGCCUCAGCAUCAGACUCAGUGCCCAGCAGGGACCUGCUUCAGACAGAACAUGUGCAUCCCUUCAGAGUCAGGGGGUUUCACAUGCGCCCCCUGUCCUCAUGGAUUCACAGGGGAUGGGGUUCACUGUGACGAUGUCGACGAGUGCAAGUUUAACCCGUGUUUUCCUGGUGUCCGGUGUGAAAACACUGCUCCUGGUUUUCUCUGUGAGAGAUGCCCUCUGGGAUACACAGGACCAGAGAUAACUGGUGUCGGAGUGUCUUAUGCUAAAUCACACAAACAGGUGUGUCUAGAUUUGGACGAGUGUGUGGGCCCACCUGAGAAUGGAGGCUGCACAGCUAACUCUCACUGCUACAACACUGUUGGUUCGUUCAGAUGUGGAGAGUGUAAGACCGGCUUCACAGGUGACCAGGUAGGAGGUUGCCACGGCACCAGGCUUUGCCCUAAUGGGCAGCCCAACCCCUGUGACAUCAAUGGUGUAUGCAUCGUGGAACGAGACGGCAGCAUUAGCUGUGUGUGUGGCAUUGGUUGGGCUGGCAAUGGUUAUGUCUGUGGGAAGGACACAGAUAUUGAUGCAUAUCCUGACAAUAACCUCCAGUGCACAGACAACAUCUGUAACAAGGACAACUGUGUGUUGGUGCCAAACUCUGGCCAAGAGGAUGCAGAUGGGGAUGGGAUGGGUGACAUCUGUGACAAUGAUGCAGACAAUGACGGCAUUAUUAACGAAGAUGAUAACUGCUGGAUCGUCCCAAAUGUUGACCAAAAGAACAGUGAUAAGGAUCUCCAUGGUGACGCCUGUGACAACUGCAGGACGAUGGAUAACCCCUCACAGAGGGAUACAGACCAAGAUGGUCUGGGAGAUGAAUGUGAUGAUGACAUGGAUGGAGAUGGUCUGAAAAAUGUCCUUGACAACUGCCAGCAAGUCCCCAACGCAGACCAGAGGGACAGGGAUAAUGAUGGCGUUGGGGACGCCUGUGACAGCUGUCCUGAUCUGGCCAACCCCAACCAGUCUGACUCAGAUAAUGAUCUCGUAGGAGAUACUUGUGACGACAACAUAGACAGUGACGGUGACGGCCACCAGAACACAAAGGACAACUGUCCCACUGUCAUCAACUCGUCUCAGCUGGACACUGACAAGGAUGGAAUGGGAGAUGAAUGUGACAGCGAUGAUGAUAAUGACGGCAUACCUGAUGAUGAUGACAACUGUAGACUGGUCGCCAACCCAGACCAAAAGGACUCAGACAUGGACAAAGUUGGAGACGCGUGCGAAGGGGACUUUGACAAAGACAACGUGAUAGAUAGGAUUGACCACUGCCCGGAGAAUGCUGAGGUCACACUGACUGACUUCAGAGCCUACCAGACCGUGGUGCUGGACCCAGAGGGAGAGUCACAGAUAGACCCCAACUGGGUGGUACUCAACCAGGGUAUGGAGAUAGUUCAGACCAUGAACUCUGAUCCUGGCCUUGCUGUAGGCUAUAAAGCCUUCAGUGGUGUUGACUUUGAAGGAACGUUCCACGUGAACACAGUGACAGACGAUGAUUAUGCUGGCUUCAUUUUCGGCUACCAGGACUCGUCCUCCUUCUACGUGGUGAUGUGGAAACAGACUGAGCAAACCUACUGGCAGGCUGCGCCCUUCAGAGCUGUUGCAGAGCCAGGGAUACAACUCAAGGUUGUGAAGUCAAAGACAGGUCCUGGGGAGUACAUGAGGAACUCCCUCUGGCACACAGGAAACACCACCAACCAGGUGCAUCUCCUGUGGAAAGACCCCAGGAACGUCGGCUGGAAGGACAAGGUGUCCUACCGUUGGUUCCUCCAGCACAGACCACAGGUUGGAUACAUCAGGGCUCGCUUUUAUGAGGGCUCAAACCUGGUGGCGGACACAGGCGUUAUUAUUGAUACCAGCAUGAGAGGCGGGAGGUUGGGCGUGUUCUGCUUCUCUCAGGAGAACAUCAUCUGGUCCAACCUGAAGUACCGCUGCAACGACACCAUUCCUGCUGAUUUUGAGGAUCUGCCAAGAACAGAGUGA